AUGGCUCUAAACCAUACGAUUCGCAGGGCAGCUUCGAAAGUUGUACCUUUGGCCAUCUGGGCUGCCGCCGGAAGUCGAGGGUACAUACACAACCAAGCCGCGCCGGCACUUUCGUCCGCCGUCAGCCGUCCCUCGUGUAAUCCCUUGCAAAGGUCAUUUCUCCACCUUAACAGCAAGCCCGACUGUGACGUGUCACUCCUACGAGUUAUUGAGGCCGAGAUCAAGUUUGCCGUCGAGUCCGAGCAAGCGCACCAGCCGGAGGAGACCCCAGAGGAUUUUCCCUUCGAAAUUGAAGACUGUCUUCGACAGGGGACCAUAAUACUGAGAAGAGAAUUUGUAGGAGACAAAAUAACUGUUGAAGUUCACCCGCCUGAACUUAAGAAUGCUGAGGAUGAUGAAAGCUAUAAUGAUGUUCCGAGAAUCCCAUUGAUUGUUAGGAUCUCACAUAAGAAUGGACCCGUGUUAGAGUUUGGUUGUACUGCUUACACUGAUGAGAUUUUGAUCGAACGCUUGGCCUUUAAGCAUCCUGAGAUCUCUGAGGAUCAGGUUGCUUACGAAGGACCUACUUUUGAUGAUUUGGAUCAUACUCUGAAGAAUGCUUUCAACAAGUAUCUCAAAUAUAGAGGAAUCGAUGCCAGAAUAACCAAGUUUUUGGUGGACUACAUGAUCAACAAAGACUCAAGGGAGUACACCGAGUGGCUCAAGAACAUUCAGAAGUUGGUGGUGGUUGGCCAUAGCGUUUGGUGGACGGACGGUGGCCGUUUGGUGGCAGACAGAGGUGCUUUGUUGGCAGAUGGGGGUGAGGGGUGCCGUCCUUCGGUCACCGGUCUGGGGGUGAUCCCUCUGGGAGAAGAUUUUGGUCCUAUGGCGCGGAAAAUAAACGGUGUCGACAAAGAUGAAGACGAGAGGAGUGCUCAUUUAGGGGGAGCACAAAGGAAAGAAAAUUUGAGCGAACAAACUCAAGAAAAUAGAAGAUUUGAAGGAAAAUGUUAUAAUUGUGGAAAGAAAGGCCACAUAACGAGGAAUUGUUGGUUGAAGAAGAAGCCAACGGAAGGAAAUGCAGUCACGUCGGAUGAGGCACACAAAAGUGAAGAUGAAUGGGAUCUUGAAGCACUAUCAGCCGUAAUUGAAGAAGAAAAAUUUGGUGAAGAAGUCGAAAUGGCUUUAACGACAACGGUCGCUGAGCUUGUCAACUCAGAUGACGAGUGGAUAGAUAACUCGGGAAGCUCAAGUGACGAAACAAAAGACGUGAAGGAAUUAUCAAAUCCAGUCGAGUAUAGUGAAGAGCGUACGGUGACUGUUGACAACUUGAUGUUGUCAAUCUCCGACACAGGUGAGAAAGAGUCGACUAAGGAAGAUAGACUUGAAGACGAGCUAACAAUAAGCCACGAGAUACUAAACGAGCAUUGGAGAAAAGUAGAAGAUCAUUCAAGCGUCAAGAACCCACAAAAGCAAAGGUUAGCAAGAGUGUUUAACCAAAAUUCGAGGUACGAAAAAAUAUUUAAAGAAAUAUGCUCAUGCGGAAAUACAUUACUUGACGUAAGGUGGCCGGGAACAAUACACGAGCAACGGAAACAACGAACGAGCAAAAGUUGGUGUUGA